UCCAUUUUUUGCCGAACACCCCGCGUUCAUCCAAAAACCCUAACCUCCCUACUGCCCCGCCUAGCGAUGGACCCUCCUCCUUCCACAGCCGUCGAUCCCAAAUCCAACGGCUCAUAUUCCACCAUCGAGAACCACAGCCCAUCCAAAAGGCCCAAGCUCUCCUCACCAAACCCCGUCUCCGAAUUCUCCCAUCACGACCCUACCGUCGCCCGCAUCAACAACGGCAGCUUCGGCAGCUGCCCUUCCUCGAUCCUGGCCGUCCAAUCCUCCUACAAGGCUCUCUUCCUCCGCCAGCCGGAUGAUUUCUACUUCAAUGGUCUCAAGCCCGCCAUCCUCCGAUCCCGAUCGUCCAUCAAGGACCUCAUCAACGCCGAUGACGUGGACGAGGUCUCGAUUGUCGACAACGCCACCACAGCCUCCGCGAUCGUCCUCCAGCAGAUCUCCCGCGCCUUCUCCGAGGGCAGGUUCUCGCCGGGCGACGCGGUCGUGAUGCUGCACUACGCCUACGGCGCCGUGAAGAAGUCCAUCGAAGCUUACGUGGUCCGUGCCGGGGGCCACAUCAUCGAGGUCCAUCUACCGUUCCCGGUCAGCUCCAACGACGAAAUCGUGCUUGAAUUCAGGAAGGCGCUGGAGAAGGGGAAAUCCGACGGUCGGAGAGUGAGGCUGGCGGUGAUCGACCACAUCACGUCGAUGCCGACAGUACUGAUCCCGGUGAAGGAGCUGACUAGGAUUUGCAGGGAGGAGGGCGUCGAUCAGGUGUUUGUUGAUGCGGCUCAUGCGAUUGGGAAUGUCGAGGUUGACAUGAAGGACAUUGGCGCCGAUUUCUACACCAGCAAUCUGUACAAGUGGUUCUUCUGCCCCCCGUCUGUGGCGUUCUUGUACUGCCGGAAGUCGUUGGCCGCAUCCGAUCUGCAUCACCCGGUGGUAUCGCACGUGUAUGGAAAUGGGCUGGCGAUUGAGAGCGCUUGGAUUGGGAACAGGGAUUACAGCGCGCAGCUCGUCGUCCCUGAAGCGAUCGAAUUUAUCAACAGGUUCGAAGGCGGGAUCGAAGGCAUUAGGAAGAGGAACCAUGAGGCGGUUGUUGAGAUGGGGCAGAUGCUCGUGAAGUCGUGGGGGACCCACCUGGGGACGCCCCCCAACAUGUGUACCAGCAUGAUCAUGGUGGGGUUGCCUGGCUGUUUGAGGAUUUCGAGUGAUCGGGAUACAUUGAAGCUGAGGAGUUAUUUGAGGGAGUGUUUCGGGGUCGAAGUUCCAAUAUAUUAUCAGGCAGCAAGAGAUGGGGAGAUUGAAGGGCAGGAGGUGGGCAGGUUGGUGACUGGGUAUGCAAGGAUUUCUCAUCAGGUUUAUAACAAGGUUGAUGAUUACUAUAAGUUCAGGGAUGCAAUAAACAAGCUUGUUCAGGAUGGGUUUACUUGCGAAAUGCUUCCAUCUAACUGAUAACGCACCUGUUUCACCAUCAUCUAACUUCCUAUCAGAUUUCUAAUUUACUCUAAAGCAACUUCACAUUAAGGCAAAUUAUAAUCCAACAAAACAGAGAUAUCAAUAAGAUGCAAAAGUCUCCAUUGUAUAUGCUUCAAAUCACCCUUUGUUCAUGGGGGAUGAUUUUUCCUGAAUUUUGACAUCUGUGUACACCAUAUGACAUCCGUACACCUAAGGAAGGCUGUCUUCCUGAAUUUCGACAUCCGUGCACCUAGGAGAUAUUGCUGCAACAUGCUCAACAACAUGUGAGAUUGUAAGGCCCUGUUGGGUUGGAUUAGGUUAUUGGGAAUCCUAAAAAAAACAGUGAGCUUCCUGUAUUCCUCUUAAUCUUCUUAUUAUUGUAAGACUUGCUACAUCGCUUUUAUAAUCUAUUACAUGAAUUACAAGGAACACACCAUAUGAAAAUAGUCAUGCCUUGUGUGGUGGGACCCCAUAAUAUUGAAGAAACAGAAUCAUCAGCUGAUGGGUGUUGGUAGUCUGUUGAAUAUCUAUGAAUAUUUCCUGUACAGUUCAGUAAUAACAAUGCAGGGGUAUUUCUGAGAA